UUUGUGUAAUGAAUAUAAUCCUGAAAACUAAAUAUGAUAUUUAAAAAAAACUUUACUUAAUUCAUAGUUUGCUUUUCAAACAUUUACAUGAAGUGUACUAAAUUUAAUAAUUCAAUAACUGUUGCACAUCUCCAGUAAUGAAGUACUAAAACAUAGUAUUAUCAAUGGAUUAUUCAAAAAAAUUAAAAAGGGCCUUCAUUAUUUUAUUAAUCUGUUUAGUACUGUUUAUAUUUAUUGGUAAACUAUAAUGGAAUUCAAUACAGCAAACCCAAACAAUGUUGCUAAUUAAUUUUUUCACAACUAAGGAUAAAAAUUGUUCACUGAAUUAAACUUAAAACAUACAACUUGUUUUAUCGUUGUGUUGUGUAUCAAAAGUGGAUAAACUUUGGUCCCACUAUUGACAGUGUAAUAUGGUAUAAUAGGGCUAAAACUACAACUGAAAGAUUCAGUUAAUCUGUCUAGAAAUGAGAUAAUGAUGUUGAGCAAUCAAGUCCUUAUUAAAUGUUAAUUUUUUUAUAUUGAAUAUCUAUAUUAAUAGGUUGCUACAGUGAUGAUGCAAAGGUUGCUGUUCCUUUUUACUGGUUCUUAAAAUAUUCAUCAUAUAAAUGUUAAUUUGUUUAAAGAAUACAAUAUACAGAAAACAAAUAAAGCUUUUAAAGCUCACGGCUGGGUGUCGGGAUGGCGAGCAUGAGUUCCACGCUCGUCGAAACCGUCUCCAUCAACUACGAGGACUUUAAUGAAAGUUUCCUCACAUGCGGCACAUGUUUAUGCACUUAUGAUGGAGGCGAACACACCCCGAAGCUUCUGCCGUGCUCACACACGGUUUGUCUUCAUUGCCUAACGCGCAUCGCGGCUUCACAGACACGGGACGCCGGCAGCUUUCGAUGUCCGAUUUGUCGCGAACUGAUCACAAUACCUCGAGGAGGGGUACCGGCUCUCCCGCCUUCGUUUCUCGUCAAUCAGCUGCUCGAUCUUAUGGCACGGCAACGCCGAGAGGUUAUACCGCAGUGUAGCUCGCACCCAGGCAGGGAGCUACUUUUCUGCGAGACAUGCGAUUGCGUUUUUUGUCGUUACUGUGCCGAUGGACCGCACAGCGACACGCCGUGUGACCACACAGUUGUACCGUUUUCGAUAGCUUUGAAAAGGAUGUCGGAAAUAUUGCUAUACAGAGCCAACGAGUGCCUAAGCAAAUUAGGUUCGGCUAGGGAAGCGGUAGCAGGGGAAUUGAGGAGAUUGGAAGCGGCUGCAACUGCGGCAGACGAAGCUAUUGAUAGACACUUUGCGGAACUGAGAGCGGCACUAGAGAAGAGGCAUAAUGAAUUAAAGUCUGCCGCCGCAGCGGCUGCCAGUCACAAACGAAAGUUACUCGAAGAACAAUUGAAGCUGAUUGAUGCAGAGAAAUCUAAAGUGGAAGCUGAGUGUUCCGGGUUACAGCAACAGGUAGAAGUGCGUGAAGUUAGCAGCAGAGCGGCUGCUUUGGGCGCCAGAUUGGGUGACGCGGCUGCAUUGGCCGAGCCCAGAGAGAACGCGUUCUUAGCCGUCGACUUCGCGCACAACGACGCUCAACAACGCUUCGUGGAUUCUCUCGAAGUGCUUGGUCGUGUUAGGACCAGUACUACUUUCCCAGGGCUGUGUUCGUUACAACUCGAAUCAUCAUGCGUGUCUGGUUUGGAAGUGGUGGUGGUUCUCCGCACCGUGGACUAUCACGGUGAGGCUCGUAGCACCGGCGGGGACCCCGUGACGGCGGCUGCGACGCUCGAUGACGCUCCUCUGCCUUGCACCGUCACCGAUCUGGACUCCGGACUCUAUAGGAUCUCGAUGCGUCCGUGGAGUGCGGGCUCGGUGUCGGUGCGCGUGCUGGUGUUCUCCCGCGCCGUGCGCGACUCGCCGCUGCGUGCCGCGGUGACGUCACAAGCCGCGCCGCUGCGGGUGUGGGGCGCGCGGGGGAACGGGAAGGACCAGCUUAGCCAGCCCGUCGCGCUAGCCAGAUGUCCGAAGCGUAAAGAAAUUUAUGUUCUGGAUGCGGGUAACUCAAGAGUGAAAGUGUUGGACGACGAGACGUUCGCUUUCAAAACGCAUAUCGUGAAUGAAGGACUAGCGGGCCGCAGUUGUACCGGCAUUGCUGUGACCGCGGAGGGCGUGGCCGCCGUCAAUUGGAGGACUCGCACUAUCACGGAGGUGAACACGGAAGGUACGACGCUAAGAACGAUUCGUUCGGAUCGUCUGGUGGAGCCGGUGUGCGUGGCGGCCGACGUGGCGACGCGACGUCUGGCCGUCGCCGACAAUGGCGCCAGAACUGUCUUCGUCUUCGAUCGCUACGGAAACAUCGAAAGAGAAAUAGGCAACGGUGAUCUCGGCUUAGUGGGUGGUCUAGCUUUAUCCGAAGACCUCAUCAUCAUAGCUGACGUGGCGGUGCGGAUCUACGAUUCCGAAGGAAAUCUCAAAAACACAUUGGCCCCGGUCCCCAAAGGUCGCGGGGUGUACGGUGGGGUGGCUAUAGACGAGACCGGCAGCGGCAAGCACAUCGUGUGCGCUCGCUCGGUGCGCGGGCGGGCCGCCCUCGUGGUGCUGGAGGCGGGGGGCGGCGGGAAGACGCUGGCGGCCUGCGAGCUCCUCGACAAGAAGCCGCGGAGGGUCGCCGGCAUCGCGCUGCUGCCCAACAAGAAGGUGCUGCUAGCCGACCUGGCGGGAGACUGCUUAAGACUGCACACUUACUGGUGAAAGAUGACCACAUCUCGAAUGAGCCGGGUCACGCUGGUAAGAUGACCAUCGAACGAAUUUCAUGCUAGUCCAUAAACGCAUCGAGAAACGAUAGUAAUGUCGGCCAUAUGUAUAUGCGCCAAAUGAAAGGCGCAGAACUUAGCACUUGCACCAAAGUCCUUAGUCGACCUGCACUAACUACAGGUCGCUAACUUACGCUAUACUACGCGAUCAAGCUAAGAAUGGCAUUGACCGGUUAUCAAACUACAAAAAAAAUCUAACUUUGGUAUAAUUAUUUAACUCGAUCACAGAUUUAAUAGUUUCUUUCACGUGUUUCAACUAAGCAGCAGUUCAUCUAGGAACUUGCCUAUGUGAAGUAACAUUAAUUUUACAAGCACGAAAAUCUAUCGAAUUCGUAAUAUAUGUAUCGAUAGUCAGCCUUCGAGAUUCACGUUACCCUAUGUCAAAACAAUUUUCGUGCUCUCGAUUAUAAGUUUCGAGUUUCGAGAACGUGACAACUCGAUUGCGAAACGAAAGUAAUUAAAUUCAUUCGUUCUGCUGAAAUUAGUUCUACUUACGGACGGUAGGGGCGCUGUUUAAACCCUAUAUUCGAUUUUAUCGAUAGCGAUACUUUAUCGAUAGUCAUUCGUGCUCGUCCCUCAGAGGUCAUUGGCUUAUCUUUGUUUUGAUCGCAUAGUACACGAUUAAUUUUAGUACUUACAGUAUUUAUUUCUUGCUAUUGUGUAUUUUUUAGUUAACUGUCGAUAGUAGUAGUUUGAAAACGCGACUGAUUUUUUUUUCGUUAUUUUAACUUGGCUCGUUCUUUCUCAAAAUUCCCACAAGCCAUAAUAGUGUUUAUGUAGCUUACUUGAGCUUUUAAUACUUUAAGGUAAAAUCGACGAUUAAAAGCAUUUCGGUUCUUAAAUCUCGGAGUUAAGACUGAGAAUUCGAUGCAUCUAAUAUUUCGAUGUGAUCCCAUAAAUUUAAUCGAUAUAAUAAAUGAGUAUCGAUCGCUAGCAUAACAUUCUGAAUGAUCGAUCGAUAAUUUUUAAGAGGCGUAUUUCCUCUAAGCUAGUCUUACGGACAAAGCAUUUACUGUCUAAAAGUCCUAACAUCACGUUUAUUAUAGAAAAACGACAAUAUUUAAUUAUCAAAUUAAGAAAUGGUUAACAAAAAAAAAACGUUUAUUUAUAUAUAAGUAUAAAAACUACGUCAUCUCAUACAAAUAGAUUCAAUAUCAAAGUAACUAUAGAAACAUACAUAAUCCAUCCAUUUGCUUUACAAAUCAGUAUGUAUCUAAUUCAUAUUAGUUAAUAAUAACUACCUUUAUCCAUGUCAAUUUGCUCAAUCGUAUAACUAAAACACCAUAUCACAAAGGGAAAGCUUCCAUUUUGUUAGAUUAAAUAAACAAAUAAGUAUGAAAAAAAGCAACAAAUUAGCACGGAAUUGCAUUAUGCUUAAAAGGCAGAUGGACAACUUCUAUUUUCAAAAUUUCAAGCUACAAUGCGCGUGACGUAAUUUGGGUCAAAACUAAUUGACAAGCUACUCUUUUUUUUUUUGGAGUUUCUGGCCUGUUAUCCUAUACCUUUAGGCCAACAAGCUAC